AUGCCUCCUUCAGAAGACGACUACUCAGAUCGCCGACGCCGACGGGCGUCAGAAUCCCGAAGUCCUGACCGCAACCGCGACCAUGGUCGCGACAGGCGGCGGCACCGUCACGACGACUACGACAGCAGCUCGCGCAGACACCAUCGGAGCUCUCGAAAAGACAGUCCCAAAAGACGCUCAUCGCGCAGCCCCUCCUACCGAACAAGCCACAGAAGAGAGUAUGAGCGUCAUCACCCAGAGCGCUCUGAGCGAGCAGACGCUCUAGACGACGACCGACGGCGCCAGCACCGUUCGCCAGAAGAGCGCACACACCGCAGAGAUCAUGACCGUGAUCGUCACCAUCGCCGUGAUCGAGACCGCGAUCGCGAUCGCGAACACAGCCAUAGAGACAGACACUCCAGAAAACAUCGGACUCGAUCUCGAUCUCGGUCACCCAAGGGACGACCAGACUCCCCAUCUGCUCGCGCACCCGCACGCUCAAAAGCCCCCCUCCCCUCACAACAAGACGCAUACAACACCGAAGUCACGGGCGAAGCUCCACCCCCAGAUAAAGAAAAGCCCAACUUUGGCAACACCGGCCGUCUGGCCGCCGAAUCAAACGCCGUAACCGUUGGCGGCGACACCGUCGUGCUCAAAUACCACGAACCCCCCGAAGCGCGCAAGCCACCUGCCAAAGAAUCAUGGCGUCUCUACGUGUUCAAAGAUAGCGACCUACUCGAGAUGGUGGAACUCAAUGAGCGGAGCUGCUGGCUCAUUGGGCGUGAGCGGCUAGUCGUUGACUUCCCGCUCGACCACCCUAGCUGCUCGAAGCAACACGCAGCCAUACAGUUUCGAUUUGUUGAGAAGCGGAAUGAGUUCGGAGAUCGGAUCGGGAAGGUCAAACCGUAUCUCAUUGAUCUGGAGAGCGCGAACGGCUCGAGUGUUAAUGGAGAACCGGCCCCGGCGGGACGGUAUAUGGAACUACGGGAUAAGGAUAUGCUGAAGUUCGGAAAUAGUUCAAGGGAGUACGUUCUCAUGCUUGAUACUCUCAAGCCUGACACAUAG